AUGAGCUGGCUCGUCACCGACCGGAUCUUACCGCCCUUCUAUCGAGGGGACGCCCCCGCGACCCGGCCGACGAAUCAGGUCGAGCCCGUUGCCUGGCGAAUCGAAAUCGGCGGCAAAGGCUGCGGCCUCGCCGUGCUCCAGGCGGUGCCUGGUGAAGGGGGCGUCAAGGAAGUCCAUAGCCUGAUGAAGCUCGAUCACAUCGAGGCCCCUCCCGGCGCCCCGGUCUGGCUGGCGCCGAUGCUCAAGACGCUCCGCAAUAUCUCGCUCACCAUGCGGACGACCACCGUCUACGACGGAUUGGACGAGCUCUCGUCGUUCCAUUCGAAACUGCAAUUGACCCGCCCCGAGGUGCCGAUCGACAUCCGCGGGCGCGUCCUCGACAAGAUGAUGAAGCUGACGAUCCGUGUCGGCGAUCUCACGAAGCGUUACGACCACCCUUGGCCAGGCAAUAGUGUCCUCGGCGGCGACGUCACGCCCAGCGGCCG